AGUGAAGCUAGAUGCAGUCACUGCGGUGAAACCAAGCACUCAAUUGACUCGUGCCCCUCCACACAAGCCACCGACCCGAUCUGUCUGUACUGCAAACUUCCUCACCUAGCCACUGACCGUUCCUGUCGGGAAUGGUUACUUCAAAAGGAUAUUAAAAAAAUCAUGGCGACAGAAAACCUAUCCUACAAAGACGCGUUAAUAUUUAAGAAAAAUAAAUGUUACACACCAGCCUUUAAAUAUUCCGAUAUUGUAAACAGCCAGCCUCAUAUCUCUGAAAACAUCGAAAUCGACACUUCUCUCCAGAAUGAUCACUUUCCUAGUUUAAACAAUUCCCACCAUUUCUUCAAUAAUAAAAAAAAAAAAAAAUACAUAUCUAAUCCAUCCCAGGUGCACAAUAAAAAAAAAUAUUUCUUACCUGUUGAUUCUUCUUAUACCACCCCAAACGGGAGCUACUUAAUUAAUCCCAAUGGCCUAAUUAAGUCGCCCGAUGCAAACGAUAAUGACUUUUCCUGGAUACACACCCUAUCCCUCAAAUUAUCCGAAUCUCUUAUAAACGCACCUUCACUCUCCUCUCCUUUUUCCCCGUCAUAUCUUCAGAACCUAAUUGAGUCGUCAUUAACUUCCCUCCUCGCCGUUCCAAAUUUUGUUACAACCGAUUAGGUAAUGUCCAUAUUUUCAACGAUUCUAUAAUUCAUAAUAAUUAAAUUACCUAACAUGUCCCAAAAUUUCUAUUUUAAACAUCUCAUUAACAACUACAAUAUACUGCAAUGGAACGUUAGAAGU